UUGUAUUAUAAAUAUGAGUGCAGCGCCCUUUCCGGACCACUUAAACGGAACGUUGUCUGCUGUAGUGAAAGCUGAAUUCACAUCCAAGAAGUCAAAAUGAGGGAAAUCGUUCAUCUCCAAGCCGGACAGUGCGGAAACCAGAUUGGUGCUAAGUUCUGGGAGGUCAUCAGUGACGAGCAUGGUAUUGACCCAACUGGCACUUACCAUGGUGACAGUGACUUGCAGCUUGACAGGAUCAAUGUCUACUAUAAUGAGGCCACUGGUGGCAAAUAUGUACCCCGUGCUGUGCUGGUUGACCUGGAGCCUGGCACAAUGGACUCUGUGAGAUCUGGACCUUUUGGUCAGGUGUUCAGACCAGACAACUUUGUAUUUGGCCAGAGUGGUGCUGGAAACAACUGGGCCAAAGGUCACUACACUGAGGGUGCAGAGCUGGUCGACUCGGUCCUCGAUGUUGUGAGGAAGGAGGCAGAGAGCUGUGACUGCCUACAGGGCUUUCAGCUCACUCACUCUCUGGGUGGGGGUACUGGCUCCGGUAUGGGAACCCUCCUCAUCAGCAAGAUUCGUGAAGAGUACCCCGACCGCAUCAUGAACACCUUUAGUGUGGUACCAUCCCCCAAAGUGUCGGACACAGUUGUGGAACCCUACAACGCCACACUGUCGGUCCACCAACUCGUAGAAAACACAGAUGAAACCUACUGCAUUGACAACGAGGCCCUCUACGACAUCUGUUUCCGCACACUCAAACUAACAACCCCGUCGUAUGGUGACCUCAACCACUUGGUCUCUGCCACCAUGAGUGGUGUCACAACCUGCCUCAGGUUCCCCGGACAGCUCAAUGCUGACCUGCGGAAGUUGGCUGUGAACAUGGUGCCAUUCCCUCGCCUUCACUUCUUUAUGCCUGGCUUUGCUCCCCUCACAAGCAGAGGCAGCCAGCAGUACAGGUCCCUCACUGUCCCAGAGCUGACCCAACAGAUGUUUGAUGCCAAAAACAUGAUGGCUGCCUGUGACCCACGUCACGGCCGCUAUCUGACAGUGGCUGCCAUCUUCCGUGGUCGCAUGUCCAUGAAGGAGGUCGAUGAGCAGAUGCUGAAUGUGCAGAACAAGAACAGCAGCUACUUUGUUGAAUGGAUCCCCAACAACGUCAAGACUGCCGUCUGCGACAUUCCACCCCGUGGCCUCAAGAUGGCCGCCACCUUCAUCGGCAACAGCACAGCCAUCCAGGAGCUGUUCAAGCGCAUCUCCGAGCAGUUCACAGCCAUGUUCAGGCGCAAGGCUUUCCUUCACUGGUACACCGGCGAGGGCAUGGAUGAGAUGGAGUUCACCGAGGCAGAGAGCAACAUGAACGACCUGGUGUCUGAGUACCAACAGUACCAGGAUGCCACUGCUGAGGAGGAAGGAGAGUUUGAGGAAGAGGGUGAAGAGGAAUUGGCUUAAAUACUGAGUCUUUCCAGAGACGCUAAAUGUUCCCUUUCUUCCCAAAAAGCUGUCUGUUGUUGUUUUUGUGUUCUAAAGUCCAGUUGAUGGAAGCAUGGUGGGGACUUGACUUUAAUACAAUUCUGUCUUUGUAAAGUUGAAAGUCCACUGACUUGACUGACGAGGAUGUGGCGUAACGUUCCAAACUUUCAGUGUUAUGUACUGAUCUUCUGAUUAUGUAAUUAAAGGUUAAUCUGAAUAUCAAA